UUUCAUAAUAAAAACAGUCGUUUGCUAGACCGGAACGUGGUAGUGAAUCGUUGAUAACAUUAUAGUUGUUUUUUUUUUAUUAAAUACCUACUUCAGAAUUUUUCAACAAUGUGUAAGACCAUAUUUGCAGUCCUACUGUGCGUUUUGGCACUGGUUAUUUCGAGCUUAGCUAAACCUCAUGGCUCCCAUGAACGCCGAGGAGGUUAUGGUUAUGACGGGUAUGGACACGGUGGACAUGGAUAUGGAGGUUAUGGUUAUGGUGGGCCCGGUGGAUACGGAUACGGAGGUCACGGGGCACCAGCGGUCAUCGUUGGCGGAGGUGUGCGUCCUGGAUCUGCUGUAAUAGUAGCGCCAGCGCGUCCUGCAGUUGUCGCUGUUCGACCACCUGUUAUUCUAGGCUAAGAGAUUUUCAUACAAAAUUUGAAACUGAGGAAUAGCGUUGUAAGCCCAGACAUGACGAAUAAAC